UUUAAAUGAAUCACGCAAAUUACGCGGGGAUAUGAAAUCGUGAGAGAAAGGAAGGAACCCCUUCUUUAGCAAGUACACUGAAAAAGUGAAGGGUGACUGGAAUUGGUACACGUAAUUAGAGAAUAUAUAAAUAUGACUUGUUUGGAAUAGAAGGAUUCUUUAUUGAUACACCUUCACAAAUAAGGCAGACACAAUGGAUAGAGAAGUUUAAAAAUAGUUGAAUAAAUUAAGAUUGAUUGCAGCAGCAACUGAUGAUUGUGAAACUAGAUUCUAAGGUUUACAAUGGUUCAUUUACCAAGUGUCUUCUGUAUAGACUGCAGUUGGUGGCAGGAUUCCAGAGUUAUAAAACAAGUAGAGAAUUACUGUCACAAUGGAUGCUGCCGAAUUCCGUCAACGAGGGAAAGAAAUGGUGGACACUGUGGCUGAUUACUUGGAAAACAUACAAAAACGGCCAGUGUUUCCAUCCGUGCAGCCUGGGUAUAUUCGUGAACUAGUUCCGGAAUCUGCUCCAGAAACUGCUGAGUCAUGGGAGGAUUUGGUUGGAGACAUUGAGCGGGUAGUUAUGCCUGGGGUAACACACUGGCACCACCCCCAGUUCCAUGCAUAUUUCCCGACUGCCAACUCUUAUGCUGCCUUGUGUGCUGAUAUGCUGUCAGAUGCAAUAGGUUGUAUAGGGUUUAGCUGGGCAUCAAGUCCUGCCUGUACAGAGCUGGAGAUGGUGAUGAUGGACUGGCUGGGGAAGAUGUUGGACUUGCCUCAGGAGUUCCUCUUCUGUUCUGGAGGGAAAGGGGGUGGGGUCAUCCAGGGUACUGCUAGUGAAGCCACUCUGGUUGCCCUGUUAGCUGCCAGGAAUCAAACCAUCCACAGAGAGAAGGAAGCCAACCCAGCACUGACAGAAGCAGACAUCAUGGCCAGAAUGGUGGGGUACUGCUCUGAUCAGGCCCAUUCUUCAGUGGAGCGUGCUGGUUUGUUGGGUGCAGUAAAAAUAGUCAAACUUUCCUCAGACAAGAAGCAGUCAUUGCGAGGAGAGACGUUAGCCCAGGCUGUACAAAAAGAUAAGGAAAAGGGCUUGAUACCUUUCUUUGUGUGUGGCACUUUGGGGACCACACCCUCUUGUGCCUUUGACAACAUCGAGGAGCUGGGGGCAGUGUGUAACUUAGAGAAGAUUUGGCUCCACAUUGAUGCUGCGUAUGCUGGCAGUGCCUUCAUUUGUCCUGAAUUUCGAUAUCUUCUCAGUGGAGUGCAGUUUGCAGAUUCAUUUAACUUCAAUCCUCACAAAUGGCUGCGGGUGACCUUUGACUGCUCAGCAAUGUGGAUAAAAGAUAGCAGCAAGCUGGUUGAUGCAUUCAAUGUGGAUCCUCUAUAUCUAAAACAUGACAACCAGGGAAAGGUACCAGACUACAGGCACUGGCAGAUUCCACUAGGAAGAAGAUUCCGUUCUCUGAAACUGUGGUUUGUCCUCCGACUACAUGGGAUCAAGGGACUGCAGGAGUAUAUCAGACAGCAUGUAAAACUGGCACAUGAAUUUGAGGCACUGGUCUUGGCAGAUGAGAGGUUUGAGAUUGUUGCUGAAGUUGUCCUGGGGUUGGUGUGCUUUAGACUGAAGGGAGCCAAUGACAUUAAUGAACAGCUGCUUCAAAGAAUAAACCAGGAUGGCAGGAUUCACCUGGUUCCAUCUAAAAUAGGGAAUACAUACUUCCUGCGUUUUGCAGUGUGUGCACCAUAUGCAGAGUCCAAAGACGUGCAGUUUGCCUGGACUGUUUUAACAGAAUUAGCUACAGAAUUGUUGAAAGAGAAAAAGUAAUAGAGUGUUGCCAACAUUUUCAUUUCACAUUUAUAUUGACUAUCAGUUUUAUUUACAGGCAUAUUGCUAGUAGCAAUUGGUAAACAAUGCCUAUGUGUAAUGAAUCGUUAGUAACCUGGUUCAUAAAAACAUUGUAAUCUUAUUAAAAAGUCAACUUUACAGCAAUAUGGUAAAUGUACUUGUUACAGUGCAUGUAUUUUGCCUAUUCAUUUGGGCUAUCUCACAGUGGGAAAUGUGCCUUUUGAUUGAAGAAAGAAAAGCAUCAGUUGCUUGU